CGCAGUGAGGACGCGGAGAUCUCUCGCGAGGAAGGACGCCAUUAUCGCAGCCGCUCGACAAACACCACGAGAAUUCGCCACCACACACGGGUUGUACGAAGUGGCAGACCUCUUAGAGUGUGAGUUUGGGGCCUUCCGUGGUAUUUGAGCGAAUAUUGUUGCCUGAUUCUGAAUGAUGUCAGAACAGGAUUUGGCAGAUGUGGUUCAGAUUGCAGUGGAAGACUUGAACCCAGAUCAUCCAGUUGUAUUGGAGAAUCAUGAGGUGACAGAUGAAGAUGUAGAGCCUGCUCUGAAACGUCAACGGAUAGAAAUUAACUGCCAGGAUCCCUCUAUUAAGUCAUUCCUGUUUUCCAUUAAUCAGACAAUAUGCCUGCGACUAGAUAGUAUUGAGGCAAAGCUGCUGGCACUAGAGGCUACCUGCAAAUCAUUGGAAGAGAAAUUGGACCUCGUCAUGAACAAACAGCAUAGCCCUAUCCAAGUCCCCAUGGUGGCGGGUUCUCCCCUUGGUGCUACACAGACAUGCAAUAAAGUGCGAUGUGUUGUCCCACAGACUACAGUUAUACUGAACAAUGAUCGGCAGAAUUCAAUAGUAGCCAAGAUGGUUGGGCAGGAAGAGCCAUUGAGCAGAACAGCGGAUUCUCUGGAAAAUAUCCUUAGCAAUGCUGUUCCUGGUCGUAGACAGAACACCAUUGUGGUGAAGGUGCCAGGGCACGAUGACAGCCACAAUGAAGAUGGAGAGAGUGGGUCUGAGGCCAGUGACUCAGUUUCCAACAGUGGCCAGUUAGGAAGCCAAAGUAUUGGGAACAAUGUUACUCUUAUUACACUGAACUCUGAAGAGGAUUACCCCAAUGGGACAUGGCUUGGAGAUGAAAACAAUCCUGAGAUGCGAGUCCGUUGCCCCAUAACCCCAGCUGACAUGCUGCAUAUCAGCACCAACUGCCGCACAGCUGAGAAGAUGGCACUGACGUUGCUAGAUUACCUCUUCCACCGGGAAAUUCAGGCCAUCUCCAACCUUUCAGGGCAAGGGAAGCAUGGGAAGAAGCAGCUUGAUCCUCUCAUGAUUUAUGGUAUUCGCUGUCACCUUUUCUAUAAAUUUGGAAUUACAGAGUCCGACUGGUACCGGAUCAAGCAGAGCAUAGACUCCAAAUGCCGGACAGCUUGGCGGCGAAAACAGCGAGGCCAGAGUCUUGCAGUGAAAAGUUUUUCCAGGCGAACGCCUUCCUCUUCAUCUUAUAGAUUUUCUUCUGAUGCUUCUUGGUGUUUUCUUUUGUUGCGGAUCCCACAGGGUCACCUCCACAUAGCCCAGGUGCCUCAAGGGGAGCAGGUCCAAAUCACACAGGACAGCGAGGGUAAUCUGCAGAUACAUCAGGUUCAUGUCGGUCAAGAUGGACAGGUGUUACAGGGUGCUCAGUUGAUAGCUGUUGCCUCUGCAGAUCCUGCAUCUGGGGGCGUAGACGGAUCCCCACUCCAAGGGAGUGAUAUCCAGGUCCAAUAUGUCCAGCUGGCACCAGUGACAGACCACGCUGCUACUAAUCAAAGCACAGAUUCCCUUCAAUCAACUAUCCAGCCAGAAAUGCAGAUAGAACACGGAGCAAUCCAGAUCGAGUAAGGCAAGAAUUGUGGAAGCUUCAUAGAUCCAGAUGCCAGUGACCACAGUCAGAAGCUAAGGGUUGCUGCCCACGUACAACAACAGGAGAAAGGAUGUGACCAUCAGACUAACAGACAUUUUCAUUUACGUCUCCUGUAAAUAUCACUGUUCUGUUGGUCUGUUUGUUUUUACACACAUGGCUAGAUCCUCACCUGGUGUAAAUCAGUGUAGCUCUGACUUCAGUGGAACUACAUCACUUUACACCAGCUGAGGAGUUGGCCCUCUAAAUAUACAGGUUCAUCCCUUAGGUAUUUAAGGAAAAAUAUUCCCUCCAUGAGAAAAAAAACAAAACACCUAAUCAGUCAAAACAUUAAAACCAAGUUAAUGUUUUAUCCCAUCAUUUCUUCUGUGACUCGUACCACUGAAUGUCCAUAGCUCUCUUAUCGAACACAUUGCUGCUUUGCAGUACAUGCUUUAUCACAUAUAGAAAUCAAGAGCUCAAAUAUUUUUCAUUGUUUAAACGGCUUUUUUAUUUGCUAAGGUGUUUAUAACAAAAAAAGAAAAUGUUUAAAAAAAGAAAAAAACCAUACUGCAAGUAUUACCCUUUGGCUGGUGAUUUCUGUUCAGUGUAAUGAAAAAUUGUAUUUGCAAAAGACUAACAAUUUUGUUUGUAUUGUUGCUUAACUACUUUUCUAAGGAAAAAAUGCUAUCAAAUGCUGUAAUUAUGCAUUUCUAAAGAAACAAAUAAAUGUGUAUUUAUGAA